AUGGUGGCCAAAACGGAGACUGCGGCUCUAGCUUCGGCCGAGAAGCGUCGUUUGUCCGCUAGCUAUUCUGACGAAGCUACACAGCAUACCAAGAGGGCAUGCCGUACCCCAUUGCUACAGCCUGAUGCUACUGAGAAUCACCCAUCUCCUCUGACAGAAUGGCUGGACAUGGCCUUGGAUACUUGGGUUACAAAUGACGCAACAAUAUCGCUGGAAUGCCCCAGUUCUGGCCUAGCCAUUGAUGAAGCACCCAUAAGCUACACUGAUUGGCAGAACAGCGAUGCUUGUAAUGCGAAUUUUGACACUUCAGGUUAUGGAGAGCGAUCUCCAAGCGGCUUCAACAUAUCCUCGCACAACCCUCAAUUUGAUACGACUUGCUCCACCAUCGGACAGUUUGGAUGCGACACUGAAAUCGUGACAGGCUUGAAUGAAGCUGACCGUGUGUUUUGGGAUGAUUGGUCUCAGCCGGCAGUGAUGGACGUUUCCUAUGAGCCAGAAAACCACAGAAGCUCUGAAGCACUGCCGAAUAUACAUCCUACAGCUGCUAAUCUACCGCUUGCAUUGAAAAGUCAUCUCAACUCUGACGACCUCAAAAAGAAUGAUACUGCUGAGAACAUCCAACUCGAAAAGCCAGAUACCUACUCUGACACAUGUUUUGGAGUGAUCUACACCAAUGUGACAACAUCCUUUACUCGGAAACAAGACACAACAUCAGUACCCGUUCGUAUAGAACCAUCCGCGAACUUUCUGAAGUUCUACUUCCAAGACUCUAACAAAUAUGCCGGUCUCAUCACCCUACCUGUGUUGAACAAGUUGCUAAUGGAUUUUGACACAAAACUUGACGCCACGCUAAACAGGCCCCAACCCACUCAAACAACAGGUUCUAGGAAAAAAGACCAGAAAACCGAUGAAUACCGCCCGAACUCAGAGUCUUCACUCCGUAUAGUUGUCAAAGGAACAAUGAAAGAGGCCUCAAAUAUUGGAAAGCUGUUAUCUGAUGCAGGUUUCUACCUCCAGCAUCCAUCGGCUGAUGACUGCGACAUGGACGUCGAGUACUUCAACCCGCACUACCUCGUGCGCCCAGGGUCUCAUAUGCCGCGUCUAGGCGAGCUAGAUAUAUCUUCUAACGAUGCAGCCACAACACCUGCAGGCGCUCUGGAUGAGACAAGCAAAAGUCGACUGAUGCGGAUCUUUGACAGCGCGGGCGAUGAUAAUAUUCUGCCCACAACAGCACCAAGUCCUCGACUACGUUCAACUUUGAAACGGCAUCAAUUGACUGCCCUUGCGAUGAUGAGCGAGAGGGAGUGUGGCCUUGUUGAGGCGCCCCAGUUUCCGCUCAUCUGGGAGAAAUCCACCUUACCUGACGGCACUGCAACCGUUGUUUUCAGCUACUGGACCAAGAUGCUUGAUCUUAUCGAGAAAGCAUUACACUCUCAGGGUUAUUCCUGCCAGAGAGUCGACGGUCGAAUGAACCUUCGAGAUAGAGCCACUGCGAUUCUUCAAUUUGCUGAAGAUCCGAGCUGUACGGUGAUGCUUGCAACUAUCAGUAGCGCGGGUGAAGGCAUCGAUCUAACAGCGGCAAACUUCGUACAUGUUAUUGAGCCACACUGGAACCCCAUGGUGGAAGCGCAAGCAAUUGCCCGUGUGCACAGAAUCGGACAACCGUAUUCCGUUGUCGCCACCAAAUACGUGACUCGGAAUUCAGUGGAGGAGUACGUCCGAUGGAUUCAGGAAGACAAACUUAGGCUUGUAGCACAGUCUCUGAACUCGGACAUUUGCCAAAAGGAGAUAGAUGCAGAAAGAUGGAAGAAGCUGAAGCUUUUCCUUGGGAGGCCGGAUAAUUCGUGA